AUGCGCGUUGGCUCACCAGCAACAUCAGGAGGAAGGAAGAUGGCGGAGGAUGGGAGAGAGGAGUCUGUGGUCAGUGAUGACGACUCAGACUAUUUGGGGGCAGACGGGAGCUUAAGCAACACGAUGGUGGAGGAGGGCUGCACUCUCCUGCGCAGGAUGGAAAUCUGUGUUGCUGAGGCUGAGAAGAGGAGCGGCAAAAAUGCAGUGAACAUGCAGGAGACGUUCACCGUGUACCUCAUCGAAACACGGCCGAUGGACGCGGUGGCUGAAGGUCGGAACCCAGCCCCUGACUCUCUGUGGAGGCGGUACAGUGAAUUCGAACUGCUGCGGAGUAACCUAGUAGUUACCUAUCCUUACAUCGUGGUGCCACCUCUGCCGGAGAAGAGGGCGGAGUUUGUGUGGCACAAGCUGUCAGCCGACAACAUGGACCCAGACUUCGUAGAACGCCGGAGGGUCGGGCUGGAGAACUUUCUGCUUCGCGUGGCUUCUCAUCCAGUGCUCUCCAACGACAAGAUCCUCCACCACUUCCUCACCGAGGAAAACGGCUGGAAAGAAGUGGUGUACGAGACGGGAUUUCAGGCUAAGGCAGAUUCCAGACUAAGAGCCCUCAGUGCCACCUUCAGGGUGAGAAAUACAGAUAAACGCUUCAUGGAUAUGAAACGCUACAGCGACGAGCUGCAGUCGCACACAUCUCAGCUGCUGCGUGCAAGAGCAAGGGUUGCUGAUCGACUCUAUGGUGUUUUCAAGGUCCAUGGGAACUACGGGAGAGUCUUCAGUGAGUGGAGCGCCAUCGAGAAAGAGAUGGGAGAUGGACUGCAAAGCGCCGGUCACCACAUGGACGCAUAUGCUGCCUCCAUAGAUGAUAUCUUAGAAGAAGAGGAACAUUACGCAGACCAGCUGAAAGAAUAUCUCUUCUACGCUGAAGCUCUGAGGGCGGUGUGCAGGAAACACGAGUUGACCCAGUUUGAGCUUGAGGUGGCCACCCAGGACCUCAUCUCCAAGAAGCAGCAACGUGAGGAGCUGGCUACAGGGAUAGUGCGGACGUUCUCCUUCAAAGGCAUGACCAACAAGCUGUUUGGACAGGAGGCGCCUGAGCAGAGGGAGGCCAGGCUGAAGCUGCUGGAGGAGCUGAUAGCGGAGGGCGAAGAGGCAGUCAAGGAGAAGACGGCCGAGUGCGAAGAGCACGUUGAAAGGGCGUGGGUAGACAUACAGCGCUUUGAGGAGCAGAAAGACAAAGAUCUGCAGGAAGCACUCAUCAACUACGCUGUCAUGCAAAUCAACAUGUGCAAGAAGGGAAUACAAGUGUGGAGCAAUGCCAAAGAAUGUUUCCUCAAGAUGUAAAGCUGAAGCCAUAGUCGACAGAUGUCCACCCUCAGUGAUGAUCACCUGCAGAUUCGGGGGAAAUGAUGCCAGCGUCCUCUGGUUGGAGGUUAGAAGACAACAUCGCUAAUGUUACAAAAUCUAUACAAAAAUAAUUUAAUUUCUUAGUACUUUAAAAAGCUUUCAUAUACAGCUAAUUUGCAAUAGGGGUUGGACCAUAGAUGCACAGGACCUGGACACCAGGUCUCCUACUUUGGAGAUCAGGGUUCAAAGUUUAAGCAAGGGUCAUUUUCUCUGAGCUUAAACAGGCAGUUGUGGGAUUUAGUGUUUUAACCUACAGAUGUGAUUUAUGGAUGUGGGCGUUUGCCAGAGGGGGAAAGAUACAAUCAGGUUGUUUUGUAGGUUCAGGCCCAGGAUUUUCAAAUUUUCACUCGUACGAGGGGGAAAAAAUGGUCUGGUUCAUGGAUAUUGGUUCUUGAUUGUCCACCUGUUUUGUUUGGUGCCCAUAUAGUGAGGUUUGCAUGGGCUGGUAUGAAACCUGCCAGUCAAACUGUGGUACAGACCAAACAACCAGACCAAGGCCACAUGAAAAGGAGUGUCUCAGUCCAGUCUGGAAUGUUAAUGCUCAUAAAUCAGUUUUAUUUUGUUGAGGCUCUUUGUGACACCAGAGAACGUAAAUGGACACAUCAGGAACUAUGGAGCUAAUUUAAGUACUUGACACACAGUGUGGUUUGUAAACACAAAAUGCACCUAUCAAACAAAUACACAACAUAUUGCUAAUACAUCAUGCCUCAGAAACAAAUACAGCAUGUUUCAGAAAUACAAAGCUGCGACGCCCAUCAACAUGUCGAUGUUCCAACACACCUGUCUUCAAACCCGGCCUCCAUUUUAAUCUCACCUACACACCUGUAAAGUCUCAUGACUGAACACCUGCCAUACAUCAUGUGCUGUAACACAGGUCUGUCAUGUGUUGUAAUGGCUUAUGGAGAAA